AUGAUGAUGAUGAUGAAGAUGACGACGAUCGUUUGUUCGCUGGCCGGGAUCGCGCCAGAAGCCGGAGGACGAAGGCGCCGUCCCCGUUCCGCGCCGAAGUCACCCUCCUUGGGAUCGCCGGAGAAAGAAGGCAGUUUAAGAAACAAUAGGAUCGACUGGAGCGGCGGCGGCUUUUGCUGCGGCGGCGGCGGCGGCGGCGCCCUUGGCUACCUCAAGUGUCAUUUUCCAGUGACAAGAGAGCGGCAAGUUUGCUGCCUCCCGCGCGCUCUUCUUUCUGGUGCCUUUUCUUCCUGGCUUUUCUUUCCCUCCAGCCAAAGAUCUUUUCCCCCUCUUUCUUUAAUAUGUAUAUAUUAAUAUAUAUAUUUGCUUUUUUUUCUUUCUCCGGGGCUCCUCUGGCUCCUCUCUCUCUCUCCUGCCUUUCUUCCCCAGCGCAGGAAGCUGCCUGCCUGCCUGCCUGGCUGGCUGCUGGAGAGAGCGAGAGAGGAAGACACGCCGGCAAAGGUAAGCAGCAGGAGCAGGAGCAGCAGCAGCCUCCGCGGGUGGACGGCGAUCCUCUUGGCUUCUUCCCUCCCCCCUUCUUCCCUCCCCCCCACGCGCUCGAACCGGAGUGAUUUGCAGUCUUUCCCAAUGGAAUCCGCUCCGACUCUCCCCGCAGCCAAACACGAGCGCAGCAGCCCCAGCGGGCAGGGGGCGGGGCCCGGCCCGGGCCCGGCUCCGCCCUCUCCAUUUGCAUAGCGUCACAACUUCCUCGGCCGCGCCGCGGCUCGCCAAUGGGCGGCGAGGAACUCCGAGGUGCGUCGCGCGGCGGGCCGGGGGGACACGCCCCGCUCAUUAGCAUCGCCCCGCCCCCUCGCCUCGCCGGGAAAAGACCGGAGAAAGUUGCCAGCCAGGGCGCGAGAGCCGCGGGCGGCGAGGAGAAGGAAGGAAGGGGAAAAGGGGACAGGAUCGGGUUGGGAAGAGGCAGGAUCGGAGUGGAAAGGCGCAAAUGCAGGCGGAGAGCAGCGCGCUGGCUCUCCGGCAGCAGCCUCGUGGUGUUGUUUUUGUUUUAA